AAAAAAAAAAAACAAAGGCUUACACAUCCAAGAGUAAUAUCUGCCGCAAGCCAACGUAAUAUCCUUCGUCAUUGCAACCUCUGGCUGAUUAUAUGCUACAGAUACACAACUAGCUAUAAAACCGUUUUCCAAGUUUGGUCCCAGCUAACAUUUCUCUCCAUCCUUUUGUUUCCAAUUUCUUUUUGCCAUGUUUCGUUCUGCCCAUUGUUCGUACUAGUGAUACGACACGCCGUAUUUCGACUUUCCUUCCAGAAGACUGAUGAAUUCGUCGGCUACGUAUUCGCAUGUCCUCUCAGAUGGAUGCACCUCGUCGUACCUAUAUGGUUUAUGUCCAAGUUAGAAUUGAACCCAUAA